CUCUCUCUUCCGCAGGCGGCUGAAGCUAAACUGAGAGUCGAAGAAACAAGGGGGAGUCUCACUGGCUCAGUGAAGAGGAAGAGGGAACCAGUGGAACUAAGCAAAAACAUUUUUGUUUUUUGUAUUAUUGAGAAUUGAAAAUGGAUAGUUAUGGCGGCGGUGGAUACUUCGUGGACCAGAAAGCAGCGCAGGUCGAGAACAUUUUCUUGGAGUUUCUCAAGAGUUUCCGGUUGGAUGCCAACUCUCGGGAGCCGUACUACGAAUCGGAGAUCGAAGCUAUGAGGCCCAACGAGUCCAACACCAUGUUCAUUGACUUUUCCCAUGUCAUGCGCUUUAAUGACAUUCUUCAGAGGGCGAUUUCUGACGAGUUUCUCAGGUUUGAGCCGUAUUUGAAGAGUGCCUGCAAACGAUUCGUCAUGGAACAAAAGCCUACUUUUAUAACAGAUGAUAACCCCAACAAGGAUAUCAAUGUUGCUUUUUACAAUCUUCCUUUAAUUAAGAGAUUAAGGGAAUUGACUACAGCGGAGAUAGGGAAAUUGGUGGCUGUGACAGGAGUGGUUACUCGGACCAGUGAGGUUCGUCCUGAGCUUCUACAGGGAACUUUCAAGUGUUUGGACUGCGCUACUGUUAUUAAGAAUGUUGAACAGCAGUUCAAAUACACUGAGCCUAUUGUCUGCAUGAAUGCUACAUGUACAAACACAAGGAAAUGGGCCUUACUCAGACAAGAGAGCAAAUUUGCCGACUGGCAGAGGGUCCGGAUGCAGGAGACCUCUAAGGAGAUUCCUGCUGGUUCUCUUCCAAGAUCACUUGAUGUCAUUUUACGCCAUGAUAUUGUAGAACAAGCCAGGGCUGGUGAUACGGUUAUAUUUACUGGUUCUGUGGUGGUAAUACCAGACAUAUUUGCCUUGGCCUCUCCUGGUGAGAGAGCUGAGAGUCGUAGGGAAGGUCCUCAGCAAAAGAAUGCAUCUGGCCAAGAAGGUGUCAAAGGUCUUCGUGCCUUGGGUGUGAGAGAUCUCUCUUACCGCCUAGCAUUUAUUGCCAAUUCAGUUCAGAUAUGUGAUGGGCGAAGAGAUAAUGAUAUCAGAAAUAGGAGAGAUGCUGAAGAGGAUGACAAUCAACAGUUCACGGCUGAAGAGAUAGGUGAAUUUCACAGAAUGAGGAAUACUCCUGAUUUUUUCAAUAAGCUUGUUGACAGCAUUGCUCCAACUGUUUUUGGUCACCAAGAUAUCAAGCGAGCAAUCCUGCUUAUGCUUUUGGGUGGUGUACACAAGUUUACUCAUGAAGGCAUUAACCUUAGGGGAGAUAUCAAUGUCUGCAUUGUUGGUGAUCCUAGCUGUGCAAAGUCUCAAUUUCUCAAAUACACAUCAGGUUUGGUUCCCAGAUCUGUCUACACAUCUGGUAAGUCCUCAUCUGCAGCUGGGUUGACAGCAACUGUAGCCAAAGAGCCAGAAACUGGAGAAUUCUGUAUUGAGGCUGGUGCACUGAUGCUUGCAGAUAAUGGUAUUUGCUGUAUUGAUGAGUUUGACAAGAUGGACGUCAGAGAUCAGGUUGCCAUUCAUGAAGCAAUGGAGCAGCAAACAAUAAGCAUCACAAAGGCCGGUAUUCAAGCAACACUAAAUGCUCGAACAUCAAUUUUAGCUGCCGCCAACCCCACUGGAGGCCGGUACGAUAAGACCAAACCUCUGAAGUAUAAUGUCGCCCUCCCACCUGCCAUUCUUUCAAGGUUCGAUCUGGUAUAUGUGAUGAUUGAUGACCCUGAUGAUCAAACCGAUUACCACAUUGCUCAUCACAUUGUGAGACUUCAUCAAAAACGUGAGGAUUCACUUGCCCCUGCAUUCACCACUGCACAAUUGAAGCGAUACAUUGCAUAUGCAAAGACUCUAAAACCUAAGCUUACACCAGAAGCUAGAAAACUAUUGGUGGAUUCUUAUGUUGCCCUUCGUCGAGGAGAUACAGCUCCAGGGAGUCGAGUUGCUUAUCGCAUGACUGUUAGGCAGCUCGAGGCUUUAAUCAGGCUUUCAGAGGCAAUUGCUCGAAGUUAUUUGGAUGUUCAGGUUCACUCUCGCUAUGUACAACUAGCAGUAAGACUACUGAAGACAUCAAUUAUCAGUGUGGAGUCAAGUGAGAUUGAUUUAUCUGAGUUCCAGGAAGAUAAUCAAGAUGAUAGUCCUAAUGAAAAUAGAGAAAAUAAUUCUGAUCCUGUGGAAACUCAUGCGGAAACCACAUCUGAGCCACCUUCUGGGCCAGCAGAAAAUGGCCCAGGCACUCCAAGCAAGCAAGGAAAGAAACUUGUCAUUAGUGAUGAAUACUUUCAGAGAGUUACCCGUGCCCUUGUCCUGGGAUUACGGCAGCAUGAGGAGACUGUGAUGCAAGAAGGGACUGGGUUAGUUGGGAUGAGGCAGAGGGAUCUGAUACAUUGGUACGUGCGUCAGCAAAACGAGAAAAAUAGCUACACCAGUGCGGAAGAGGCUUCUGCUGAGAUUACAAAAGUGAAAGCCAUCAUAGAGAGUUUGAUACGUAGGGAAGGCCAUCUGAUAGUUGUGGAUGAAGGUAGACAAGCAGCAGAGGACAGCCAACACGCUACAAAAACAUCAAGAAAUGACCGGAUUUUGGCUGUAGCACCUAACUACGUCGUAGAUUGAUUGGAGUAAGGACUAAGGAGGUGUGGAGUUUGGCUAAAAUGGGUGUCGUUUUCAUGAUGACAAGAUUGCGGCUAACGCUACUCCAUGUAGUCAUUAUCCAGCGCAGCGGAGUUGUAUACUCAAACGCAAAAACUGCGUCAUUGUAAUUCAGUAUUGCCUUGUAGCAAUUAAUGUCUGAAAGCUGACAUUUUUCCUUUCUGGCACUAAUUAUGUUCAUUUUAGUAGUCUACAUCCUAAGGUUGGAUUUAGUGUACAAAUAUUAAGGAGUGUGUAUAUUUAAUAUUAAUUCCGUUCUAAAA